CACGCUUCCUCCCGCUCUCCCUCCUCCCGGAGGUGCGCUGCCAGCCGCUUGAUGAGGGGGAAAAGUUAAAGAGAUGGGACCGAUAUGAACCAUCGCCGCUCGUAGCGGUGCCCUACCCAGAGCAGAGCAGAACCCAGCGAGCAUCCCUGCAGGAAUGGAGUCGGUAAAACAAAGGAUUUUGACCCCCGGCAAGGAGGGACUGAAGAAUUUCGCUGGCAAAUCGCUUGGUCAACUCUACAGGGUCCUGGAGAAGAGGCAGAAGCCCGGGGACACCAUCGAGCUGACGGAGGAUGGCAAGCCCGUGGAAAUGCCCGAGAAGAAAGCCCCGCUGUGCGACUGUACCUGCUUCGGGCUGCCCCGGAGGUACAUCAUUGCCAUCAUGAGCGGACUGGGAUUCUGCAUUUCCUUCGGGAUCCGCUGUAACUUGGGAGUGGCCAUCGUGGAUAUGGUCAAUAACAGCACCAUACACCGAGGAGGAAAAAUUAUUAAAGAGAAAGCGAAGUUUAACUGGGACCCCGAAACAGUCGGUAUGAUCCACGGCUCUUUUUUCUGGGGAUACAUCAUCACCCAGAUCCCCGGCGGGUACAUCUCGUCCCGGCUGGCAGCCAACAGAGUAUUUGGUGCUGCUAUACUGCUGACAUCCUCCCUCAACAUGUUAAUACCGUCUGCAGCCAGGGUGCACUAUGGGUGUGUCAUCUUUGUUAGGAUCUUGCAGGGCCUUGUAGAGGGGGUCACCUACCCUGCCUGCCAUGGUAUUUGGAGCAAGUGGGCCCCCCCAUUAGAAAGAAGUAGGUUAGCAACCACUUCCUUUUGUGGUUCCUAUGCAGGAGCUGUUAUUGCAAUGCCUUUAGCUGGGAUUCUAGUGCAAUAUACUGGGUGGUCUUCUGUGUUCUAUGUGUACGGGAGCUUUGGUAUAGUCUGGUACAUGUUUUGGCUUUUGGUUUCAUAUGAGAGUCCUGCAAAGCAUCCUACAAUCACAGAUGAAGAAAGGAGAUACAUAGAAGAAAGUAUUGGAGAGAGUGCCAACCUCCUAGGUGCAAUGGAAAAAUACAAAACUCCAUGGAGAAAAUUUUUUACAUCUAUGCCAGUCUAUGCAAUAAUUGUUGCAAACUUCUGUAGAAGCUGGACUUUUUACUUGCUGCUUAUUAGUCAGCCUGCUUACUUUGAGGAAGUGUUUGGAUUUGAGAUAAGCAAGGUGGGUAUCUUAUCUGCUGUGCCACAUUUAGUGAUGACAAUUAUUGUUCCUAUUGGGGGACAAAUUGCAGACUUUUUAAGAAGCAGGCAGAUUCUUUCAACCACUACUGUGAGAAAGAUAAUGAACUGUGGAGGUUUUGGUAUGGAAGCAACUCUUCUUCUCGUGGUGGGAUAUUCCCACAGUAAAGGAGUGGCUAUUUCAUUCUUAGUGCUUGCUGUAGGCUUUAGUGGAUUCGCCAUAUCUGGAUUCAAUGUCAACCAUUUAGACAUUGCCCCGAGGUAUGCCAGCAUCUUAAUGGGGAUUUCUAAUGGAGUCGGGACCUUGUCUGGAAUGGUUUGCCCUAUAAUUGUCGGAGCAAUGACAAAGAACAAGACACGUGAAGAGUGGCAGUACGUCUUCCUCAUUGCUGCUUUAGUUCAUUAUGGAGGUGUUAUAUUCUAUGGCAUAUUUGCUUCAGGGGAGAAACAACCUUGGGCAGAUCCUGAACAGACAAGUGAAGAGAAGUGUGGCUUUAUUCAUGAAGAUGAACUUGCUGAAGAGACAGGGGACAUUACUCAGAAUUAUGUAAAUUAUGGUACCACCAAGUCUUAUGGUGCUACAACCCAGGUCAACGGUGGUUGGCCAAAUGGUUGGGAGAAAAAAGAGGAAUUUGUACAAGAGGAAGUACAAGACUCAUACAACUACAAGCAAGGAGAUUAUUCAUAACAUACCUAAAUAUUGGAUAUAUUUUGUAGUGUUUGUGAUUAAAUUCAUUGUGAUUGUUUGCACACAGAAAUAAAAUGUGGUAUAAACAUGUAAACACAUAUCAAACAGGAAGGUCUGACUGUAAAAAAAAAUCCAUUAAAGUGCAAUCUGUAUGAGUUGUGACAUGUCAUCACUUUCAUUAGGUUAUAUUUGUUCUAUAAACAUUAGAGUUUUAAGGGUUUACUGGUCAAAACUAUAGAGGCAAUUAGAUACAGUAUACAAGAGCUAAAAUUCAUAACUACGGAUUAAAGCACAACUAAGCAACCAAGUUGGCACAUCUAAUGCUCUUUUUAGAAAGCCAAAAUUACUUGAUCAUUAAAAAUGCACUUAUAUAUUUGUUACACUGUAUUGAAUGAGAUGAUUGUGUUAAAUACACACGUUUACUCAGUGCAAUGUAGGAAUUGUGUGUUAAGUCUAAGACAAGAGCUUUCUUACAGAAGAAAGGUUGAGUCCUAGGCAUUUACAGAGGAUUGAUCCAGUUCCUUGAAUGGUAAUUGUAUCAAGCCUAAAGAACAAAUAGGGCAUAUUGUAUGUUUAUCGUGAUUACAUGCUGCAGGCUACUCUGUGAUGAAUAAAGGAAUUAUUUAGGAGUUUUAUACUGAAUGUUUGGGCACAAAUUCUUAUUUCUAUUCUUUACAGAAGCUUAUGAAAUUAUAGGCAUUGUCAUGUUCUUCCCUGCAUUUAUCAACUAAUAUAAAAACAAUAUAUAAUUUUAAGUCUAACUUUUCACGCAGACCGUCAAAUCCCUUUACCAAAAAACAAGCUUUAUUAUUCUUUUCUUUGCAGUAUAUUCCAACUUUGUACUGGUGUCUUUAGAGAGAGAGAAAAAAAACAAUAUAACCUAGAAAAAGAUAUAGUCUUUUACAAAAUUCCAAAGAGAAAUUUACUGUGAGCAAGUAGCCCUACGAAAAAGGAUGUAUUUGUUUUGCAGAAUAUUUUGAAGCCAAUAGAAGAAACAGAGAAUAAUUUAACCCUUAUUCUUCCCUUAAUAGCUUUCAUAUUUUUACACAUUGUGCCACAGUUGUAUACAUAGAUAUAAGUUUAUUGAAGAUACUGUAAUUUUAGAAAAUGUUGCUAUUUUAGAAAUCCCUGAAAUAAAAA